CUCGUUGGAUUAUUUGCCUCUGAAGUUGAGCUAGUCAUGGAAGCAGUUGGAGCGGCUGCUUCGAUUGCAACGCUCGCAGAGAUUGCUCUGAAAUCCUUCCAUGCUGCCUCCAGUUUGGUCAAGGACUUCCGUGGUGCACCCAGAGAGCUCUCCCGCCUUACUCAACAGUUGAGCAUCUUGCAUUGUGAGCUGUCUCUAUUAUCCGACAUUGAGCAAAAAGCCUCUCAAAACGAUGACUUGCUACUGCUUCCAACCGAGAUCGACCUACUCAGGCAAGCACUAAGCAACGCAAAUGAGCUUCUGUCCAAUAUUCUUAAUGGCCUGCAUGACCUACAGCCUCAGAAUUAUGGGUCGAAAGCUAGGCUUCGAUGGGCGCUUACAAGUAAAUCCCGAGCUCAAGACUUGUUGACCAGCCUUGGCCAUGCCGAAGCAGGUCUUACGAACGUCCUAUUACUUGUAAACGUUCGUUUAAGCGCAUUUUCGUGCAAGUUAGUUACUUCAUCGCGGGAUCUCCAAAAGCCUGCAGAAAAGCAAGGCGACGGUUUAUUUGAUCAAGGACAGCAGAUGAAUAGCAAUUUUCGUUUUCCUCAUACAAUUCUAUAUACUCUUUUCGAUAGAAACCCACAGCUUCAGAAUUCAUUCUACGGUUCAUGGCGCUCAUGGGACAUUUCAGUUUUGUCUUGGCUUGGACUUCAAUUAUCACUAACUAUAUAUGGAAACGCACUUCAUACCACUUUCUUCUUCUCGGGAAAACUACCACUCUGGGAAUUCCCUCAAGCUAAGGCAGUGUUUUUCAAUCUUGGACUUCGAAUUUUCCCUUUAGCCAACAUGGGCUUCUCCAUUCUUAGAGGAGGCCUCUCGGUCAAAGCAGUCGUACCCGACGACUCUGAGAUAAUCACGGCUUGCAAGCGAGGGGACAUUACCACUGUCCAAAGAUUGUUUGUUUCUCGAAGGUCAUCUCCAUACGAUGUAACCAUGUCAAAUUGUGGACCAUUACGGUUCGCUAUUGAAAGCGGCUCUUUAGAGCUGGUCAAGCUGCUCUGUCACUAUGGGACUGAUGUUAACACGACGUUUGGACGGUUUGAGACGAGCCCUCUAGAAUGGGCAUUCCGAACCAGACAAAUCGAAAUUGCGCGCUUCUUCCUCACGCAAGGGGCUUGUUUAGACUAUCUCUGCUACCGCGGUUGGACUCCAGUAAUGCUACUCUUCCAGAAAGACUUUCCAGAAGUCCCGCCUGAGUUCUUUGAACUACUGUCUUGUUACUCCUUUACAGAUAUCGAUGUUCAGGACCGCUAUGGAGCCACGGUAUUACAUCGAGCUGCUUUAUGGGGCACAAUAGGAGACGUGAAUGCACUCCUACAACUUGGUGCGUCGCCGUUAUUGAUGGAUACUGAUGUUGGAUGGACGCCUGCGUUUGGAGCAGCAAGUACGAAUAAUGCUGCGGCACUGAAAAGGCUGGUCGAGGUUAUGCCCCCGGACUUCAUUCAUCAUACGGAUUUCAGGGGGCGGACGAUCCUACACGUUGCUAUUGAAUCUGGGGGCCUUGAAGCUAUUGUGCUUGUUCUAGAGCUGGGAGUCGACCCCCAUCAACCUUCACGGAUAGCGGCUGAUGAGAGUGGCGCUGUAAGAGAUGUAACGCCAUAUGAGUUUGCGAGGUCAAAGGGUAGCGAUAUCUACGAAGUCUUCAUCAGGGCUCUUCAAAUGGUUGGACAUAGUAUCUCAACUGUCGAAGAAGUAGAGGUGGGCUUUAUGUUUUGGGAUGCUAUGGAACGAAGGUCCACAUAACAGCGUUGGUAUAUUGAAGAAGCUUUUAGUCCUGAGAGUAACAGAACUAACAUGUUUAAAUUACAUAGAAGCAAUUAGUGGCAGUUUACUAUUAAAAUCUCAUUUUCUCUAGAUUUAUUUAUGUAUGUAACUCAUUUUCUCAUCUUAGUUGUGGAUAAGUUUCCUAGUAACUUUGGGGAUGGUGCUGGCGCUCUCGGCUAUGGAUAGAAUAAUAAGUAACGCAAUUUGAUGCAAUAGUGAGCUAGAUGUGUUAUUUGCAGUUGAGGCCUGUGGCUGAGAGGUUAUAAUUACCACACAG